AUGCUGGGUGUACCUACCGUUAGAACUGGGUGCCAAAAUGACCUUAAUGGUAAGCGAGAGAGAAACUGGGACGAUGAGGUUAUUGAUCUUCUGAAUAAUGAAUAUCAAGACUGGAGACACCCAUCAAGAACAUAUAUGGUCCCAUGUGUGUUCCCAUGCAAAAAACGGGAACUAAGUGAUGGAGAGCAAACAGAAAAGAUGUUUUUUGACCUAUUACAAGAGUUUGGAGAGAGUCGUUCAGAAGGAAUGUUUGUUAUUCACUCUUACAAGUUUGCGGAGUUGAUUUUUGAAUGGAGUACGAGAUCAAAUAGGAGGGAAGAGAAGUGGCUGAUUGGAGAGCAUGAUUUUGUUGUUAUUCAUCACCAGUGGGGAAUCAUAUUUUUCCAGGUGAAGGCAGCAGAGAGAACGAGAGACAAAUUUGCCCAAGCAGUUGAACAAAUUAACAAAGACAGGAAAUCCUUACAAGUUUUUAUUGAGGAGAAUGUCAAGGGCAGAAUGAAAAGAGAAAUUGAUCAUGAGUUAUUAUCCACAUACCCAGGGUUUGUUGUUAUGCCAAACUGCCCAUGUCCAGAUGGCUCAGUUGUAAGCCGUCCAAAUGGUGUCUUUAAGGAGGAUUGUGAAAAUUUGAAGGCAUUUUCUGAGUGGUGGGACAAAAAAGUCAAGAGGGAGACAGUUUUUGAUCAAAAACUGUUUGAAUACCUUGUCAUGCGCUUUGUUGGAAUGUCUCACAGUGUUCCUUGUACCCUUGGCAAGGUGAUUGCUGAUACCAAAGAUGUGCUAGAGCUGCGCACGAUAGAGCAGUUGUCAGUAAGUUUGAAUUCAGUGCCAGAGCAAUGGAUAACAGGCCCAGCUGGUAGUGGAAAGACAUGGCUAUUGAUGGAAAAGGUAGUAAUGCUUGCUCAGAAAGCACUCUUGCAGGGAAAUAGAGAAAAAAUACUUGUGGCCUGUUACAACAGGCCAUUGUCCAAGAUGUUUGAAAAAGAGUUUGAAAAAAGGUUAAUCAACCUUCUGGAAUCUGGAGAGUUAGAGGAUGUAGUUGAAGUGAAAACUUUUGAGUCGCUUCUCUCUGAUAUAACUGGGUCCAGAACUGGUGACUCUGAUCAAGAGAAAGAAAAACAUGUUGCCCAAGCACUAGAAGUUGUAGAGCAAGGAUCUGUGUUCACUCAACGGUAUGAUCAUGUAUUUGUUGAUGAAUGCCAAGACCUUUAUGGUGACAGAUGGCCAACCCUUUUCAAGAGGUUGCAAAAGGAUGAUGAUGAUGAUGAUGAUGAUGAUGAUGAUGAUGAUGAUUAUUCCUUCGGUCAACCAAAACACAUCUGGUUCUUGUAUGAUACAAAUCAGUAUGUGGGACUAUCUGAAGAGCAGUACAAGCACCACAAGAAAUCAAUAAGGAAAGGUGCCACACUCACCAAAGUUUACAGAAGCACUGGAAGCAUCUUUGAUCAGUCAAAGAAGUACUUCAGGGCCAACAAUUCAAAUGCAGAACCUAUCACACUAGCACACCAUGUACGUGGACCAGAAAUUACAUGGGACAACUCGCUGGUUGGAAAGGUUGUUGAUGUGGCAUGCAUUGUGAAGCAUAUAAAAAAGCUCUGCAGGGACAAAGUUGAUGCCAAGGAUAUCUGCAUUCUGACUCAAAAUGUAGAUAUUCGAGAUGGUAUCAGUUCAGAACUCAAGGAAAUGGGAAUUGAGACUCAGAAUGCAGAAGACUUGUAUGAACGGAAUUCAAGUGCCAACAAAGUUGUGGUUGAAAGCAUUAGGCGCUUUAAGGGUUUGGAAUCAAAAGUGGUUGUUCUUUACAACCCACAAUUUCUUCAAAAGAGUGACUGGCCAGUGAAGAAGGUUAAGGAACUUUUAUACACUGCAAUGUCAAGAUGUUUUUGUUAUCUCAUUGUUAUUACAACUAAAUCUGGUUGCAAUGCAUUAAAAUCAGAAGAGGGGAUAACUGAAAAGAUCAAACAUGACAGACAGGAAGCAUCAUUCCAGAGUUCAGAGGGACUAAAAUCUGAGUACAUAUCACAGAUGAAUUCUCUCUUCAAUGACCCUUUUUCAAAAAGAGGCAGUGAAACCCGUUAUGAAAGUGGCCCUCCAGAGCACAAAUCCCCCUCCAAACGAUCCAUUGAAGAUGACGACAAUGAUGGUGAUCCAAACGACAUCAAGCGCUCACCAGCUAAACUUUUGCGAAAGGAAGAGGCUGACCAUCUUUACAAAAAGAUCUCAAAAAACGUGGAGAAACGUCCAGUAAAGGUCCCUGGUUGUGAUCUUCUUGAGCCUGGAGAUCCUAAUAUAAAGGACUCAAUACGGAACAAUGGAAUAAAGCUACUUGUAGAACCAGUGAAGCAGAAUUUGAGAUACCGGCCUGGCAGCAGUGAUAGGAAUGAGUCAUUCAAAGAUGAUGACAUAACAUCUGUAGUUGCUUGGAUUGAAUACAAAAUGUAUGACCAAAGAAGAAGGGAAAUCAACCCUAAAAAAUACACACAAGAUUGCAGAACCCUGAAAAAUGAGAUUAUGGAUUCCACCAAAGAUCAAACUUGCCAUGAAAGUGUAUUGAAUGCACUACACAAGUUCCAAGCUACAAAACAUUCUUGAGAGUGGUCUAUGGAUUCAUUUUUCUGUGACAUGGACGCACCUGCUGCAAAGACAAAUAUGGAAUGUACAUGCUGGCUUUUGAGAGACACUCGAUCACUCCUGCUGAUUUUUGGUUCAGAAAAGGUUCAGACUGCCUGGCUAUUUUUUGUCAUAUGAUUUAAUGGGUUUUGAAUAUUGAUUGACUCUGCAUCAACUUUGUAGAUAAAUAAAGCAGUGUAAUAAUGACACUCAACUAUGGACAGUCAUGUAGUUUCAGCCAUUAUAAGACUAGUACUAAAUUUGGUAAUGCCACAGAAAGCUGGAUCAGCAUUGCAGACUGCCACAAAAAUUGUUCAAAUGUUGUAUACUACUAGAUGAAGUUGGGAGACAACUCUUACAUGUGGAGAGCACUAAAGUCAUCCUAAAGCUUGCUUAUUUAAAACCAGAUAGAUGAAUAAAGGGGGUAAUUUUCUAAAGAAACUGUGGUGCUGCACCAUUGGGAGAGUAUAAUUGGGUAAUUUAGCAUUAUCACCUGAGUUGAUAAUUUAAAUUGGCCACAGUAAAGAGGAUCAAAGCUGACGUUUCAAGCAUUAGCCCUUCAUCAGAACGAAUGAGGAAUAUUUUGCUUGGAAACUUUUUACCUUGGCCAAUUUAUGUCAUCAACUCAGUGGAUAAUACUGUUAAAACCAAAUGACCUGAUCACAGGCUAAUUAAAGAAAUGCAUUGAAGGUUCUAAUAAUCUAUUUUCCCUUUCUAAGUCAGAGAAUUUU